AUGGCAUCAAGGAGCACUGUAUCCUUCGCUCAGAGGGGUGCAGAACAUCCCAACCCACUUGUCGGCAGACUCUUCGAGAUAGCCGAAAAGAAAAAGACAAAUGUGGUUCUAUCCGCAGAUCUGACAACCACCAAGGAGUUGCUCACAAUUGCUGACAGCUUGGGGCCAUACAUUGCUGUUUUGAAGACGCAUAUCGACAUCGUCUCGGACUUCGGUCCGGAUACUGUUCAAGGUCUUACAGAGCUGGCUGAGCGGCACGACUUUCUUCUGUUCGAGGACCGCAAAUUCGUGGACAUUGGUAACACCGUUCAGAAGCAAUAUAAAGGAGGUGUGCUACGAAUCCACGAAUGGGCGCACAUUGUCAAUGCCAGUAUUCUAGCUGGCGAGGGGAUAAUUCAGGCUUUGGACCAGACCGUUCGUGAAGGCGGGCUCGAGGACCGAGGUAUCUUAAUUCUGGCCGAAAUGACCUCGAAAGGGUCUCUGGCAAUCGGAGAAUACACACGACUCUCGGUUGAAUAUGCAAGGAAAUAUCCCAAAAGUGUCAUCGGGUUCGUGUCAACUACGGAAUUGUCCAAUCAUUCUCCCAGCAAUACACCUACUGAAGAUUUUGUCGUCUUCACGACUGGUGUCAAUAUCUCGAGUAAAGGGGACCCUCUGGGCCAGCAGUAUCAGACCCCAACAACAGCUAUGGCAGGAGGGUCGGACUUCCUCAUUGCGGGAAGAGGAAUUUACGCGUCUCCUGAUCCUGUCAGCGCAGCGAAGCAGUAUCAGAAGGCGGGUUGGGAUGCUUACCAGCGCCGCAUAGCUCCACACAAUGGAGACAGACAAGUCGGGCCAGCAAUAAAUUAG